AAAAAAAGACGUAAAAAAUGGUUCUCCAAAGUGGCCCUAAUGCUCGCAACAAGAACCAAUUAGCCAAAUACUCAGAGGAAGGCUCAUCUAGGAGCAUGCACAUGUACAACACGGCGGCGGCGGGAGUUGGCAACCCGCAGCAUCCCUCACAUCGGCGGCGGCCGUGACUGCGGUCACUUCAUUGAUGACAAGAUGCACCAUGCCGGAUAUAGUAGCGUUGCUUUCAAGCCGGUAAACUCCGACCAACAAAGCAAAGAACAAUGUUACGAUGAUGACGUGCACGGUUUUGGCGGCGACGGGCAAGACGGCAGCUCAGUUGACUACCAACAUCGGCCGCCGCCACAUGGGCAAAAUGGGAUGAAUCAUCCGUUUACCAUUGCGGAGAGCAAUAAGCUAAUGAGCGGCGGCACCGGAAUACAAAUUGUUGAUGGUAUUAUUCGUUAUCUUACGUAUAAGGAGGAGCAAAUAAUCAAGGAACAUCAAAUGCGACGUCCGAAUAUUUACUUCAAUCGAUCAAGCAUUAAUAUUGAUGAUUAAUUGAAUUGAAUAUGGAAGGAUUCGAUCUCGUUUAAAUCGUGUAUAUAUGUAUAUAAAUCCAAUAAUUUCCGCAAAUUGCCAGAUUCUACCGUAAAAGGUAUCAAUGUAUCAUACAUUGUCCAUAUAAAUUAAUCAAGACAUUGCAAUUAAACAGAGUUUUUUCCCAGAACAAUGCUAAUUAAAUAAACAAUGUUGGGAAUAACAGGAUCGUGCUAAUAUGAGAGAAAAACACUUCUAUUACUUUCAAGAAUAGAAAGAAGAGACAUACAAGCUCUAACUAAAACUCUCAAAACAACACCUCACAUAUUUCUCAAGGAUAUUCACAACUCUUCUUGGUUGUGCUAUGAUGAUCUAUU